CCUCCCACCUUCCUUCGCUCCCUCUCGCUUCCCCUCUGAGCACUGAUAAAUAAAAUAUUAACUGACGCUUAAUUCGAACAAGCUGUAUUCGUGAUCGGACGAUCGAGUCGACAAGCAGUGAACCAACGAGAACGGUCGUUCCACCUGAGCAAACGCGAUCAAGUUUUUCCCACCCGCUCCAGAUACUUGCCGGCCCGUUACCGUACUCGUGUGUAUCGCGCGCGAUUGGUCCAUUCGUCGCUGUUGUGGCUACUUAGUAUAAAGAAGCUCUAGAACUAGCCGCAAUCAUUGUAGUUCAGUCCUGUCCGUAUCCAGUCCACUUUGCUCGCCGUUGAGUAAGGAAUACUUAUCGUCGGAAGUAAAGAAGCGAUAGAGAGAGGACCGAGCCAAGUUCAGGUUAAUUUCUCGACGUUCUGGAAUUUACACCCUUGCAAGAACUUACACCGAAAUCUUCGUGAAAGACGCGCGUCGAAGAGGACGCGCGCACAAGCAGUGCAUUCCCAUAUAAUGAGCUGCGGCGGAUACGUAAGGCAGCGAAAACGACCAGCAUCUACGAGCGUGCGUUACAUAUCCAGCAACUUUCUACGUCCAGCUCCCGUCUAAUCGGUCCAACAUGGUUCAGCCACGACGCAAGAUAUUAUCCUGCGCAAGUCUAAUUAAUCAGCUGCAGCAGAAUGUAAGAUGGAGCUCGUCCUUAAAAGUUAAAGAUGAAAACACAGUACCACACGUCUCACCUAAAAGGGACUCCUUUAAGUAUACAGACUUGUCUGUGCGCCUCGCAAACCCGCAUGAAUUGCGCUCUAAACCUGCGACUAGCCAACUUGCGUUCGGUAGACAUUUCACCGAUCAUAUGUUCAAAGUACAUUAUUAUGAAGCCUUGGGUGGCUGGCAGGCGCCAGAAAUUAUGCCUUUCGAAAAUAUAGUACUUCAUCCGGCAGCAAAAGUGCUUCAUUACGCAGUUGAGUUGUUUGAAGGUAUGAAAGCUUAUAGAGGUGUUGAUGGCAAAAUAAGAUUGUUUAGGCCAGAACUAAAUAUGGAGAGGAUGAAUAAUUCAGCAAUGAGAUCUGGUCUGCCUGCUUUCAGAGGAGAUGAAUUAAUUAAGUGCCUUAGUAGAUUGAUUAGUAUAGAUCAAGAAUGGGUGCCGCAUUCUACCGCCUCUAGUCUUUACAUUCGCCCCUCCUACAUAGGGAUCGAACCUACGCUCGGAGUUGGUGUAACAGAUUCGGCUUUGUUGUAUGUAAUUAUGUCACCUGUCGGAUCUUACUUUAAAACGCAAACCGGAGUCUCGUUACUCGCGGAUCCCAAAUACAUCAGGGCAUGGCCCGGCGGUUGCGGCAACUCCAAACUCGGCAGUAAUUACGGGCCUACGAUUCAAGUGCAACAGGAAGCCGCUGAUAAAGGUUUGCAGCAGGUGCUGUGGCUGUACGGAGAAGAUCAUCAGCUCACAGAAGUCGGCACCAUGAAUAUCUUCAUGGUUUAUAUAAACGACGACGGAAAAAAAGAGUUAGUCACACCGCCUUUGAACGGUAUGAUUUUACCCGGUGUUGUGAGAAACUCGCUCUUGGCUAUAUCAAGAGAAUGGAAUCAGUUUGAAGUUUCGGAGAGGAACAUCACUAUGAAGGAAGUGAUACAACUGCUUUCGGAAAACAGGCUAUUGGAGAUGUUCGGAGCAGGUACUGCGUGUGUAGUUAGUCCUAUAUCGUACAUUCAAUUUCUGGAUCAAGACUUGCACAUACCGACGCUCGAGCAGCCCGAAUCGAUUAACGAGAUGCUCCGGAAGCAUCUGUUGGACAUACAAUACGGCGUUAUACCGGAACAUCCGUGGAGCCUAACGAUUCAGUAAUAUGUAGCACACUGGAUUUACUCGAUUCUCAUCACGUCGAACGUUAUAUUUAUAUGCGUCGUGGGAUUUCAAUAAGUGCAAGUGUUUUAUAAUCAGCUCGAUCUUUCGUUUAGACUGAGUUUUAAAGACGAUAUCUUGCAAAGAUCUAUCGCGCCCGGCUCUUAUAAAACACUCGAAUUUACAAGUAUACUGCGACGUGUAUAUGUCGUGUAAAAUCGCUUUAUUAUAUAGAAGUGAAUUAAAUUAAUAUUUAUUUAUGUUUUUAUGACCGCUUCUACCGAAAAGAAGUACGUAAAAAAGGAACUUGCUUCUUGUGUACACAAAGAGAACAGUUUUUUAAGAUAUGAUAAAUUUUGUUAAAUUUAAACAAGGACCAUUUAAACAUUUCACCUGUUGGAGCAGACUAAACAAAACAAUUUUUACUUGGUCUGGCUUCCGGACUGACGCCGUAUUCUUCAUGGAUCUGUUUUCGACGCUUCAUUCCAGUUUACUUCAGGGAACUUCUUCAGGAAACUUCCUUAGACUGCGGUCGUUCUUCUACACUACUGAACUGACUAAACGUUGAAAACAAAUCGAUGAAGAACGUGGCACCAACUCAGAAGCCCGACCAAGCAUUUCAACACUUUGCGGAAGUUUAAAAUAUCAAUCCAAUACUAAAAUAUCAAGAUCAAAUUUAAGAUAUCAGUUUUGAUCUAACAAACGCGAUUGUUUGGCUUUACAGACAAUUUUAUUGUUUAAUUCAAUUAGAUUAUUUUUUUAGAUUAUUUGUGUAAUUGAAAUAAGAAAAUUGUUGUAUUUAAUUUCCUUAUUUUAAUAACAAAAAAAUUCAAUAAUUCUGUUAAAAUAAUUUUUAAAUAAAUAAGAGUACUGAGCCCAAAGAAUCCGUUCUCUCUGCGUAUGUAGAAAUUAUCUCUGUUAGAGAUCCUCUCUCGUAGGAAAAUGUAUCACCUUUUUUCCUCAAGACACAGUCUCGCAUUUCAUAUGUAGCGCUUAUAAUUGAGACGUAAUUAGCAAUAAUUAAUGUGCGAGUAUUGUGUUGAAUUAUAUAUUUGCGACUGUACAUAUAAUUAGUAUAAAUUUUACUAUUAUAUCGAAUGCAAUAUGUUAAUUGAUAAAGUUGAUACGAUGAUAAUAUGCACGUAAUUGUAAGUUUUAUAAAAAUACAAUUUUUAAUAAUAAAUAAUGACAUGUUAAUUCGAACGGA